CUGAGGGUAGUUGACUUGUUAGAAAUAGUGGGAGAGUAUUUAAUAAAGACCUAUUAGAUACUUAAUUCAUGAUAAUAACUAUCUUCGCAAAAUUCUGUAGAUGGCAAACAACAACACAAACAACCUCGCCCUGCGUUCCAUUCUGGAUAAAGAUAAAUUGAACGGAACAAACUUUGUUGAAUGGCAACGCAAUCUCUCCAUUGUUCUCCGCAUGGAUGAGAAAGAGUAUGUGCUCGAAAAGCCCAUUCCUCCUGCCCCUCCCGCUAACGCCCCGAAAGCAGUUAAAGAUGCCUACGAGAAACACGUUAAGGAUGACAACCAGAAGGAGCUCGCAACGGACCUGAUCCUGCAGUCACUCCCUGAGCUGUAUAAGGGUUUUGUCAUGAACUACAUGAUGCAUGAUCUUGACAAACCCCUUCCGGAGCUUCUUAAAAUGCUCCAGACUGCGGAGGAGAACCUUACUAAGGGCAAGGGUGCUUCCUUCCUUAUGGUCCAAGGCGGAAAGGGGAAGCCGAAGAAAGGGAUUAAGAUUAAGGCUAGGACGGUCGGAAAGCCUAAAUCGAAGUCCACUUCUUUUGCAACCCAGAAACCCGUAGGAGGAGUUGCAAAGGGCAAAUGUCAUCACUGUGGUAAGGCAGGCCACUGGAGGAGAAACUGCAAGACAUACCUCGCAACCAAGAAGAAGGAAGGUACGACCAUUUCUUCUGAGGUGUAUGUUAUAGAAGUUAACAUGUCUAUAUCUUCAUCAUGGGGACUGAAGCAGAGUAGACGGUUAGCUCGAGGCGAGAUUGAACUCCGAGUCGGCAAUGGUGCACCUGUUGCAGCUUUGGCAAUCAGAACUUAUAGUUUAGUCUUUCCUAGUGGUCUAAUAAAGAAUGUUUUCUAUGCUAAUGCCAAUAUGACCAAUGGGUUAUAUGUCCUUGACUUGGACAUGCCUGUCUAUAACAUGUCAGCCAAGAGGAACAAACCGAACAGUUUGAACCAAACAUACCUAUGGCAUUGUAGGUUAGGCCAUAUAAACGAGAAACACAUAUCCAAGCUACAUCGGUCGGGAAUGCUAGAGUCAUUUGAUCUUGAAUCAUAUGACACAUGCGAAUCUUGUUUAUUGGGUAAGAUGACCAAAUCUCCUUUCACCGGAGAUGGUGAAAGAGCUGGUGAUCUUCUAGCACUCAUUCAUAGUGAUGUGUGCGGGCCUUUUAAUACAACUGCACGAGGAUAUUGGCUUCCCAUCGAUGUUAGGGACUUACCCAUCGCUGAAUCAUUCUGGGGGUAUGCGAUGAGCACUGCAAUAUAUACUCUUAACCGAGUUCCAACCAAGGCGGUUGAAGGAACACCAUACCAGCUAUGGACGGGCAAAUGCCCGGUUCUAUCACACUUAAAGAUUUGGGGCUGUGAGGCUUAUGUCAAACGUCUUUUGACGAAUGGCAAGCUUGAUGCCAAGUCUGAUAAGUGUUUGUUCGUGGGAGACCCAAAGGAAACUCGAGGGUAUUCAUUCUAUCACCCUAUCGAUAAGAAGGUAUUCGUUGCUCGCAGUGGUGUCUUCCUCGAGAAGGAAUUUCUCUCCAACGCAACUAGUGGAAGAAAGAUAGAGCUUGAAGAAAUUCGAGACGACGAAGAAACUACCGCGCUGGUUCAGGAACAUGAGCUAGAAGAACAAACUGUUGUACCUCAAAAUGCUCAAGAUACACAAGAACCCCGUAGGUCUAACCGGUCACGAACACAACCUGAAAGGUAUGGAUUCCUCCUAACCUUUGAGGGUGACGUAAUGCUUAUCGACCAGGAUGAGCCAGAGACCUACCUCGAGGCAAUCAGUUGUCCCGAGGCUGAGAAAUGGCGUCAAGCCAUGCAGUCCGAAAUGGAUUCCAUGUACACCAACCAACAAGCCUCACGGAGUUGGAACAUCCGCUUUCACGAAACUGUCAUCGACUUUGGUUUUGAGAGAAAUUCGGAUGAAACUUGUGUAUACAAGAAGGUCAGUGGGAGUGCUGUAGUCUUCCUUGCUCUGUAUGUUGAUGACAUACUUCUCAUAGGAAACGAUAUUCCUACUUUAACCACCGUCAAAACGUGGUUGAGUAAGAGUUUCUCUAUGAAGGACUUGGGAGAUGCCAGUUAUGCACUUGGCAUAAGGAUCUAUAGGGAUAGAUCACAGAAGCUGUUAGGUCUCAGUCAAAGUACAUACAUAGACAAGGUCCUCGCUAGAUUCAGCAUGUCUGAAUCGAAACGAGGAAGUAUGCCUAUGGUCCAAGGCACGAGUCUUUCCAAGACUCAGGGUGCUUCCACUCCAGAGGAAGUAGAACGCAUGAGAAAUGUUCCUUAUGCGUCGGCCAUUGGAUCCAUCAUGUAUGCGAUGGUAUGUACGAGACCUGAUGUCGCCUUUGCUUUGAGUGUCACGAGUAGAUACCAGUCCAACCCUGGUGAAAGCCAUUGGACGGCUGUGAAGAACAUCCUUAAGUACUUUCCUAGGACUAAGGAUGCCUUCCUGGUAUAUGGUGGAAAAGAAGAGCUCAGUAUUGUCGGAUAUACUGAUGCCAGCUUCCAGACUGAUAGAGAUGACUUCAAGUCACAUGCAGGAAUGAGUCAGGACUCGACUCACGGUCAGGCAAACCCUCACGCGGAGCCUGAGCAUGUUAGUGUGCACACGGUGCACACUGAAGCAUCCAGUUACGUGCCCCAGCAGCCGCAGCCUCAGCCGGAACCUCAGCCAGUUCCGGAGCAGUUCGCGGGUCAAAACCCGAAUUUAACCAUUCCGAUGUUCCAACCACAAAUGGAAUUCUGUGGCGACCAGAUAGCGGACCCUCAAAUAGCCAAGCGUUGGCAAGAACGCACGGUGAGGGUACUGGAGAAUUUGAAGGUACCUGUCGAGGAUUGGGGACAGCAUGCCAUAUCCCUAUUGAAAGAUGCCGCCUAUGAUUGGUGGAAGCGAGUAGGCGCCAACAUUCCCGUGCCAGUACCAUGGACUACCUUCGAGCCACUCUUCAGAGCCGAGUAUGUGCCCGAUCAUUACGUCGAGGCCAAAUAUGAGGAAUUCUCCAAUUUCACUCACGGAAAGUUGACUCUCCCCGAGUACCGUCAGCAAUUUGACGGAUUGGCCGAGUUUGGUAAAGACUUGGUCAACACCAUGGAGAAGCGCUGCAAGAAGUUCAUCAAGGGUAUGAGACCAGACCUGUCGUCAACACUCAUAAUUGCUCCUCGGGCCGACAUCAACAAUGUCUAUAAGAAAGCUCUUGAGCUGAACGAAGAGCUCAUCAGGAAAGCUGCGUAUGAGCAGGCACUUCUGGAAGAAAGUCGGACCGUCCAAUCGGGCCCGAAGAUGGGACAUGGAAUGGGAUCAUUAAAUAAACCUAAACCUACCCGUCUUCCGUUCGGAUAUGAGAGCCGCGCACUUCAGCGUCACCUUCUCCUUCUUCAUCUUCGAUCGCCGUCGAGUUGCAGCCGCCAGUCGCCGUUCAUCGCCGGUCAUCCUCCCCUGCCGUUCGACCAUGCCGGCGUCGCGCAAGCCAGAGCCUCCUCGCCGCAGCCAAUCGCCGCUGUUUCCUUCGCCAGAGGUCUGCCGUCAGCAUCAGCGCCGCCGAAGACGGUCCACCUCGUCGUGCUGCCGUUCGUCGCCUCCAGCUGCCGUCGCCACUCCAGUGGCACACCGGUCCACUGUCUCACGGGUUUGGGUCAUGCGGGUUGGGGUGUUACACCUUCUCUGGACCGAGCAACUCUCGCCAUGACAAGCGAGCGAAAUGUACUCCCACUGCAUUUGUGGCCGUCACUAGUAAGAACGGGAAAGAGAAAGUGGCAUACCACAAACCUGGAUGCCCACACUGUGGUCGCAGGCAUGCUGGGGAGUGUUGGCUCACACAGGGUCUUUGCCUUGGGUGCGGUCAGUCAGGUCAUUUUCGAAAAGAUUGCCCGACGAACCCAGGCGAGGUCUUCUCCACAGCACCAGGCACACCGGGUGUUUCUACUAUUCGACGGGUCGAGCCUACCCAAAGUUAUCGUUCCACGGCCGCGUCUAACUAACCGAAGAAGCCAGCAACCAGCCAGCAGCAAGGACGAGCACCAGCUCGUACGUAUGCCAUGCAAGGGCGUACAGAUCCGCAGGCUAAUGAUGUCAUCAUGGGAAACUCUUGAGCAUCGAGUAGUUGUGUCGAACCCACUGGGACACAGUCUACGUCUUCAACAUGGUUAUAAUCAAUGUCCGUUGAUGGCUCAAGGAAAGAUAUUCGUAGCCAAUCUCAUUGAACUCCCUCACAAGGAGUUUGACGUUAUACUUGGCAUGGACUGGUUGACAAAACACCAGGCUAUUGUCGAGUGCAAGGAACGAGUGGUGAAACUUCGAACAGAUGACGGUAACGAAGUAAUCAUUCGGGGAGAACUUCUCCCAAAAGCUCGAGAAUUCAUCUCUUAUAUGCAAGCAAAACGGCUCAUUCACAGAAAAUGCGAAGCAUUCCUGUGCACUGUUAAGGAUAUACGGAAGGAAACACCUAACCAUAAGGACAUAUCUGUGGUUUGUGACUUUCCUGAUGUAUUUCCUGAGGAACUUCUAGGUCUACCUCCUUCAAGGGAUGUAGAAUUCUCUAUUGAUCUUGUACCUGUCAUUCUCUCUUGUUGGAAGAUUCAUUCAAGCAAAGAAAAGAGGAAGAACUUCAACUCCAUUGGUGAAACAAGAAGAAGAAAUCAUCCUAGUUUCUUCAAAAUCCUGGCAGCAGCAAACCAUCACCUUGCGUAUACUUUAUUCCUAUCACUUCCGUCUUCAACGUUAUCGAGAAUGAGUCAGGACUCGACUCACGGUCAGGCAAACCCUCACGCGGAGCCUGAGCAUGUUAGUGUGCACACGGUGCACACUGAAGCAUCCAGUUACGUGCCCCAGCAGCCGCAGCCUCAGCCGGAACCUCAGCCAGUUCCGGAGCAGUUCGCGGGUCAAAACCCGAAUUUAGCCAUUCCGAUGUUCCAACCACAAAUGGUUGCGAACAUGUUCCAGUUCUUCGAGUAGAUGGCGAGAGCGCACGUACCACCACCACCUCCUCCUCCUCCUGCACCCAUUGUCUCGAUUGAAAAACUCAAGAGGAAUGGGGCGCAGGAAUUCUGUGGCGACCAGAUAGCGGACCCUCAAAUAGCCAAGCGUUGGCAAGAACGCACGGUGAGGGUACUGGAG